AUGUUUUCCUCAGCCAACAAUAAUAAUUCAUUAAGUAAUAACAAACCACCAAGCGUAGUAGUAGCAGAACAACAACAACAACACAAUGGAACUACACUUUCAACUCCAAUGGAUGGAGUUGUUAGUGGAAGUGGAAGUGGUAAGAGUUUUGUAGUAGAAUCUUUCAAGAUUAUGGAUAUCAUCAUUCAAUUCUUCCUUUUACAAGAUUAUCAAUCCAUAGAUAAUAUAUUGAAUCAAGGCAUAUCCAUAAACACACAAAAUCAAGAAGGUGUAACACUAUUACAAUUGGCAAUCCUAAAACAAAACAUUCCAUACGUUAAAUAUUUAAUUUUCAAAGGUGCUAAUUUGAAUUUAGGCGAUUUAACAGAAUCGACACCACUCCACAAAGCAGUUUCUAUUGGUUCAAUGGAUUUGGUUCAACUUUUAGUCCAGAAUGGUGCAAACUUAAACUCUCAAGAUGAAGAGGGUGACUCACCCUCCCAUUAUGCCAUUCGUGAAUGCCAACCUCAAAUCCUCAGUUACCUCUUGUCAAAAGGUGCCAAUGCCAACUCUUUCAAUGAAGAUGGUGAAUCUCUCUUACAUUUAUCAGCCUGUCUUGGUGAUUUUGAAUCCUCAAAAUUACUUUUAUCCUAUGGCGCUGACUGUCAACUUUUAGAUGAAAGUGGUGUUAGCCCAUUAGCUGAAGCGAAAUCAAAUAAUCACUCAAAUAUCGUUGAUUUAUUAUUAAAUUCAAUUCAAAACAACAACAGAAAUAUCAACACUCAACAAGGCAGUGAUAUCUAUCCAUUUGGUAAUUUAAGAGAUCUUACUUAUGGAGCAAGAUCAACUGCUGUCUCAACUUAUUUUUAG